CAGCCCGCCGCCCGCCCCCUGGCCGCCGGCGGUGUCCGCGCCUCCGCGCCCGCCCCUGAUUUCCUCUGCACCGCGGCGGUGGCGGCGGCGGCGGCGGCGGCGGCGGCGGCGGCGGCGGCGGCGGCGGCGCCUCCUCGUGCGCGCGGUUAUUUAUUUCCGGGCCCCAGAGCGCUUAUAAUGGAGCCGCUGUCAGCGGAACCUUCUGCCGCCGCCGCCGCCGUCCCUCCUCUUUUUUUUCCCGACAGAUCUUUGUUGUGUGGGAGGGCAGCAGGGAUGGACUUGAGCUUGCGGAUCUCCUGCUAGAGCAGCCGCGCUUGGAGAGGGCGCCGCAGCCGCGACGAGGAGCCGCCGCCGCCGCCCCGAGACCCCGCCGGUCCCGGCCUCCGUCCGCCCGCGCCCCCGCCCGGCCUUCUCGGCCCGCGCCUCCCGGCAGAGUCUCCUCCCGGCGGCAGAUGUGUGUGGGGUCCGCCCACGGCGGGGACUAUGGUGAAAUUCCCGGCGCUCACGCACUACUGGCCCCUGAUCCGGUUCCUGGUGCCCCUGGGCAUCACCAACAUAGCCAUCGACUUCGGGGAGCAGGCCUUGAACCGGGGCAUUGCUGCUGUCAAGGAAGAUGCAGUGGAGAUGCUGGCCAGCUACGGGCUGGCCUACUCCUUGAUGAAGUUCUUCACGGGGCCCAUGAGUGACUUCAAGAAUGUGGGCCUGGUGUUUGUGAACAGCAAGCGGGACAGGACCAAGGCUGUCCUGUGCAUGGUGGUGGCUGGUGCCAUAGCUGCUGUCUUCCACACCCUCAUAGCAUAUAGUGACUUAGGCUACUACAUCAUCAAUAAAUUGCACCAUGUGGAUGAGUCAGUGGGGAACAAAACGAGAAGGGCCUUCCUGUAUCUUGCUGCCUUCCCUUUUAUGGAUGCAAUGGCAUGGACCCAUGCUGGCAUUCUCUUAAAACACAAAUACAGUUUCCUGGUCGGAUGUGCCUCAAUCUCAGACGUCAUAGCUCAGGUCGUUUUUGUCGCCAUUUUGCUUCACAGUCAUCUGGAAUGCAGGGAGCCUCUGCUCAUCCCCAUCCUGUCCUUGUACAUGGGCGCCCUUGUGCGCUGCACUGCCCUGUGCCUGGGCUACUACAAGAACAUCCACGACAUCAUCCCGGACAGGAGUGGGCCGGAGCUGGGGGGAGAUGCAACAAUAAGAAAGAUGCUGAGCUUCUGGUGGCCUUUGGCUCUCAUCUUGGCGACACAGAGAAUCAGUAGGCCUAUCGUCAACCUCUUUGUUUCCCGGGACCUUGGUGGCAGUUCUGCAGCUACGGAGGCCGUGGCAAUUUUGACAGCCACAUACCCCGUGGGUCACAUGCCAUAUGGCUGGUUGACGGAAAUCCGUGCUGUCUACCCUGCUUUUGACAAGAAUAACCCCAGCAAUAAGCUGGUGAGUACAAGCAACACAGUCACUGCAGCACACAUCAAGAAGUUCACGUUCGUCUGCAUGGCCUUGUCGCUGACGCUCUGUUUUGUGAUGUUCUGGACCCCCAAUGUUUCCGAGAAAAUUUUGAUAGACAUCAUUGGCGUGGACUUUGCCUUCGCAGAACUCUGCGUUGUUCCCUUGCGAAUCUUCUCCUUCUUCCCGGUUCCAGUCACCGUGAGGGCCCAUCUCACCGGGUGGCUGAUGACCCUGAAGAAGACCUUCGUCCUGGCCCCCAGCUCCGUGCUGCGGAUCAUCGUGCUCAUCACCAGCCUCGUGGUCCUGCCCUACCUGGGGGUACACGGAGCCACCCUGGGCGUGGGCUCCCUCCUCGCGGGGUUUGUGGGAGAAUCCACCAUGGUCGCCAUAGCAGCAUGCUACGUCUAUCGGAAACAGAAAAAGAAGAUGGAGAACGAGUCGGCCGCCGAGGGGGAGGACUCGGCGAUGACGGACCUACCUCCCGCAGAGGAGGGCACGGACGUCGUGGAGAUGCAGGAGGAGCGCGACUGAGGCGCGGCCCCCCGGGCGCUGCAGGGACGGCCGAGAUGACACUUCCGCGUCAUCCGCUCUCCCGUCGUGUUUUGUUCCGCUUUCGUCUUUGGUUUUCGUUUGGGUAAUGAAAGAGGCCUUGAUCUUAAGGUUUCACGGCCACUCUGGCAUACUGGGUGUGCCCACGCUGAUGUGAAGACCUGCAGAAUGGUCUCGCCGUUGCUUUGUGGAAACAAACCAAACGACUGACUUCAUGCCCCCGCUCCGUGAGAACCCCGAAGACAUAGCUGCCUCGUAGCCCACGUUGCCUCCCCACCCCCUCGGACAGUCUCCCCUUGGAACCGAAGGGCCGCGGCUGUGCCGUCCAUCGUCCCUCAGACACCGCCGGCCGGCAGGCCACAAACUGACCCUGUCCCCUUGCAUCGCUCUCGAGAACCAACAGGUGACAACUCGGCUUUCUUUGGUCGGCUUCCCAGUAACGUGACUGUGUCAGGAGAUGUGGCUCAGAGGCAUUGCACCGUGGAUGCGACGUGUGAACGCGCUGGACCGGUGGACGGCCGGAAGUAAUCUCCCGUGGGAAGGUGUGAGGUGCCUUGGGGGCAGAAACUGACAACAUGCAAACGCUAGCACUUCACCUCGCCUCUUCCUAGAUUUGAAUGCGCGCUCACUUUCAGGCCCUGUCCUGUACAUACGUGAGCUGCCUUGCUAAAGUUGUCCCGAAGCGCAUCUCCCGGUUGCCGCGUCCUUGGGCAUGACUUUCCCUGAAGGCUUGUUUUUCCACUCGCCUUUCCUGAAGAUGGCACUAGAGCAAGGGAAACGGACGGAGCAUUCUAACUUUACGUUUUAGUUUUUAAAGUGAACUGAAGCUUUAAGUCAUAAUCUAGCAUUCUAAUGCCAGGUUGCUGCAUCAUCACUUUGGAAGUAGAUUUAUGACCUGGUCCCGCCGUUCUUAGUCCUAACCGUGCGGCGCAGGUAAUUCCGAGUGUACUUCUGUACUCCCCUCUCACACCACACGAGAAAGCAAGACAUUUUAUAAACAAUAGCAAAGUCACUAUGUGAUAUUCCCUGAAAUGACACAUUUGAAAUCCAUUUAGUGCAGUAUAUUUUUCUAAGUUUUGGAAAGCGGGUUUUUUCUUUAAAAAAAUUAUGGACACGGUUCACUAAAUUCUUGAUUUAGUCAAAAUUCCUAGACUGAAAGAACCUAAACACAAAAAUAUUUUAAAGAUAUAAAUAUAUACUGUAUAUGUUAUGUAAUUUAUUUUAGGCUAUGAUACAUUUCCUAUUUUCGCAUUUUCAAUAAAAUGUCUCUAAUACAAUACGGUGAUAGCUCGUGUGCUCAACAUACCUGCAGUUGAAACGUAUUGUACCGAUGAACAGUGUGUCUUGUUUGCAGCAGUUUUACAGUCUCUCAUUUGUAUAUAAAUGUAAGGGUCAGUAAAUGACAAGAGAACUAUUUUUCAUUAUGAGCAACAGGGGUAUAAAUGGGUCAGCUGAUGUAGACAAUAGUGGGAGUGGAAAUAUAUGCUAGAAGGGCAAAAAAGAAAGAAGAAGUCCAGCUUUUUGCGUUUAUUGCUUUCAGUGCCGUGUAAUCAGAUUGUUCCUCAUAGAAAAAAGAAUGUAAAGGCUCGGAGUCAGCCAUGAAUAUCACAGGGUUCGUUCACAUGUCUGGACACCCAGUGACCCCUGGGGGACAAAUCCUCAUGUGCUUCCUCUGAGCGGUUUUUCCGCUGAGAAUUAAGAUGUGUUGCUUUGGGGUGGUUUCAGGGGCAGAUCUGAGAAGAUGGGGAAAAAAUCUAAUUGUAUCGGCUUUUUUAAAGUACAUGACUAGAAAAUUAAACAGCAGUAUUUUUUAACAUGUGUGACUAGUAUUUCAUGCUUGUGGGGUUGGAGCUUAAAGAGUAAAUUGUGAAAAAGCAAAUUCUUUCCCUCCGAAUCGGGGAAGACCAGCUAGGCUCUUCAUUAUGCAAUUAGAACACAGCAUUACAACCUCAGAGACACCUUCGGUGAUAAAGAGUCACGGGCCAGGGUGUUUUGUUAGAGUUUCAGAAAACACAGGAAACAAGCCCCGACCCAGGCCACGAUGACGGGGCUGCGAUUGUGCAGGGCGCACAUGUCCAAAACCUUUCUCCUCCAGCCAUAUGUCCUCUCCUCACAGGUUCCUUCAUUCGCUUGGGCUGCAGAAGCCACUUCACAGUUUGGGCUGACAAGCACACACCUUAACUUCCAGAGCAAAACCCACUGCUGGCAGGUUCUUCUGCAGCUGUUCUAACCAACACAGACAGGAGAGGAAGAGGAAUGGGUCUCCUUCCCACUUUUCAGGGUGAGGGGGGCACCUCUUUGACUUCGUCACCCAAAGAAAUGUUCCUCCAACCCAGGUUUCUUUUUUCAUGCGAGUCGCUCAGCUGACAGAAGUAUUUAGGGAGCCGUGCCUGGAGAGUCUCAAGUCAAGGACCGUGGAAAGACUAGACGUGACUUUCUCAGUGUGGACCCGUGCCUCAUAGACACACAGGAUCUAAAACCACGGGGGCAUAAAGCUGCUUGUAUUUAGAUGCUGAGAAGUGAGUCUGGGCUGCUCAGUGGUCUUUCCAUCCCGAGGGCCUUCUCUGGGCCAGCUCAGGUCAAGAGCAGCUUGUCGCGUGGCCUCUCUGCUUUCUGAGGGGCGCGGGUGAGGUCAUUCUCAACGCAGCUGCUGUGGGCUCUGAGCGGGACCUCAGUGUCACUGGCAUCGGUGAGACACCAGGAUCUGAGCAGGAGGAAGCAGGCCGGGCUUGCUCCAGGGAAGUCAGGACAGGCUGCGACCUGCCGGCCGCCACUCGGCUCAGGGCGUGUCCAGAGGUUUGCACGUUAGCGGGAAGCCCUCACUUGCCUGAGACUCUUUAAUUUGGGCACAAAGGCCACUGGUUUACGUCACUGUGGGAGAGCCAGGCACGCCCCCCUCAUUGCCUGCCUCAGGCUGGUCUUGUGCAAAAGUCCAUCUUCUUUGUUUUGCAUGUGUGUUUUGCACCAGCAGUUGGUUUGGCUCUGGAACUGUCCAGGGAUGGCCCAUACCCUCAGAAAUGGAAACUUUUAGUGAUAGUUUAGGGUAUAUGGGAUGGGGCCAGGCUUCACGACAGUAGUAAAAGCGCUUGGUUUUUCACUCCCCGAGUCCUCCCAGCAAAUAACCUCGGGAGGUGCCCGGGAGGCCCACGAGAAAGGAGGCCCGGGGGCUCCGCUGUAGUCCAGCUCCAUCAAGACCCCAGGGCACUUCCCAACCAGGAGCCAGCUCUGUGGUCCCCACAUGCAGCCUUUUCUGGUCUCUCUUGGGAUUGGGAUAAUCACUGCAUUUCCCAAAUAUCAGAAAAGUUAUUCAGUGAUACCUCUAGAGCAAGAAGUGAAAAAGUUAACAGCUCCCUACCCUCCUACCGCAUUCUCAUUUGGGGUUCUUCUGGAAGGAAGGAGCAGGGGGAGAGCCACUUUUUUGUACCCUUAGUUUCCAGAAACACAUCCAUUUAAAGACUCAGUAGUUCUCUGACUGGGUUUUUUCUUUUUCUUCAAACUUAAGUGGGAGAGAGACUGAGAAAGUAUUUAUAUAGCUGUAAUUAAAUGACAUUAUCUUGAGAAAUAUUUUCUUGUAUUUAAAAAUCUUUCUACUUCUGUAAAUCUCUACAUAGACCAGUGCCCAGGACUGCAUGAGCUGGUGUGUACCAAUUAGUCAGGGUUUCUGGCCUCUUUGCAGGUGAGCUGACCUCUAAACCUAGGACGAAGUCUUCAUCAGUCAAAGCAAUGCACGGUCCAGGAAAGGGGCCUUUUAUGUUCUAAGUCCUAACCUUUUUUAAAAAUAUAUAACCAAAAGCGCAAUGAGCAGGGCUUUAUAGCUCGUGGAGAUUUGUAAGUAUUGAGACAUCUGUGUUGCGCGUGCAGCCAAUUCCCUAAAAGCAGCUCCUGCCCGCCUUCUGAGAAGACAGGCACCCUCAGGCAGCGCCCUCACACGGCUCUUUCAUAAAAAGCACUUGAACCUAGAUAAGCAUGUUUUAAAGCAACGUGCUUGGUAAACAUUCAGGAUGCUCCUCUAUGUGGUUACUUGGAGUCUCUAUUUCUGUCCUUUGAAGCAGCAAAACAUCACGUGAUUCAUCGACUGCUCUAACCACACAUAAAACAGGAUGUAGAGAAAAUCUGAAGAUACAUGGAAAGACCCUGUUGCCUGCCCUUUUAAAGGUUAUAUGUCUAAAAUUAACUACCCAAAUGUGCAAAAUGAGGGACAUGUUAUUACAUAAUCAAAAUAGCCCAAACCCCACUCCGGAGUCAGAAAAGGUGUAACGAAUUAUAGAGCUUACUGUCUGACCUCAAAAGGGAAAACAAUGAAGAGGAGCUGGUGAGAGCUUAAGAUUUCACUUUCUCCUCCAGAGGGGAGGUCAGAACUAUUAGCUACUGCACUCUACGCAAAGAAGAACACCAAAGACGUGCCUCCAAAUCUUUUUUUUUUUUUUUAAGUCAUCCUUGACAAGUCCAAGUGGUUCCAGAAGAAUUUUUUUCUCUGCUUCAUUGGCAAUCAACCAGGGUCUCUGAAAGACUGUGUAAGAUCCACGCACUUUUAUAGACUGCUGUCAGCUACCCACGGCUUCAGCACACGUUUCUAUAUGGUACUUUUUUUUAAGUUAGGAGAUGUAACCCAAAGUGCACUUCACUAACAAGAUUUGGCAUCGGCUUCUACAAUCCGUACAUGCAAACAGAAGCGCACGAGAGCCAGGAAGCCUUUCUCUCUCCAGCAAUAUAUGUGGUCUCCUUAGGUUCAAGAAGGGGGGAGACGGGGCAGACCAGCUAAAAAUGCUUGUACCAUUCGUUCACCAUCCAGCUUUGUGGAAAUUCAGUGACGUAUGGAGAUUGGUCGUUACUAUAAGAUUUAGAGGCAGAUGUUCUCCAACCGUGAACCAGGGACAAGAAAUGGUGUCUUCGGGGUGGGAAACACUACGGCCAGGUGGACUCUGGUUCCCUGAAGUGUGGGGCUGCGGACAUGGGGGACCCACAGUUUGGAUGAACCAGAUACUGAAGGAGAAGUUCAAGUUACUCUGGUGGAACAAAGGCGGUACAGGGUUCCCAUGACCACCAGUCACCCAGCAGCCAAAGCAUGGGGCAGUCAGUCACUGGGAAGCAGGCCACGCCCCCAGGGGUACCACAUUCGCAGGGCUUCUGGGCAAAUACACUGCUCCCUGGGCCCAUGCUCUAUUUGGUUUGCUUAGCGAUGUAUUGAGAGGGCAAAUAUCUAAAGCUGGAAUGACCAAGGAGCUAGUCAUAGAGCUUCAGGAGUCCUGACAGAGCCACAAAUGGGAUUCUGUCCAGGUUGGUCACCUGAACAAUGAGAAGCUCAGGCCGUUAUUGCUAACGCUCCUUCCUGGUCUAACAGUCUAUGCAGGAUCUGGGGUUUAGAACAUGGUACAGGAUCCUGCAAUGGAAAAAUAAAAUUACCUCGUUCUCCGUUUCAGAUCUGAAUAUUAGCACUGAUCCAGAAUUUUUUGUUUUAACAAAAGUAAGUCUUCUGGGAGUCACUUUUCUCUGUGUGGCUGUCAGCUUACAGGCUUUUCAGUUUUUCAUCAAAACUGUGGGUUUAAUUUAAACUGUCAAAACCAAUCACAUUAAAAUAUUUGUGGAGCCUUGAUUAAAACUGACUGCAGAGGUUGGUAUAAAAUAUAUGUUGCAUUUAAACAAGUGCUGUGUAUGUAUUAAAUAGAUGUAAGUUUCUGCAUUGUUAAGAGCAUUUAUAUGUGCUUUUCUUUUGAGGAUUUUUUUUUGGAGGGGAGGAGGUUUGUGCUCAUAUAUUGUCAAAUAGCUUUCAUACUCUAAUUUUACUUUAAGUAAAGCUUGAACGGUCAGCAUAUUGA